UGGGCUCGGGCGGGCAUGGAGCGGCUGCCGGCGGGCGCGGCGGUGGCGCUGCGGGGCGGCUGUCCGGGCUCCACCAGCUGCGGGCCCUGGGAGAUGCGGGAGCGGCUGGGCGCCGGAGGCUUCGGCAACGUCUCCCUCUACCAGCACCGGGAGUCGGGCGCCCGGCUGGCGGUGAAGGCUUGCCGGCUGGAGCUGAGCGCCAAACACCAGGAGCGCUGGCGCCAAGAGCUGCAGAUCCUGCGCAGCUUGAACCACCCGAAUGUGGUGAAGGCCCAGGACCUGCCAGAAGGCCUGGAUUUCCUGGUGAACGACGUGCCCCUUUUGGCCAUGGAGUAUUGCUCCAGGGGGGACCUGAGGAAGCUGCUGAAUGCACCUGAGAAUUGCUGCGGUCUUAAGGAGAGCCAAAUCCUUUCUGUGCUGAGUGACAUUGGGUCUGGCAUCCAGUAUUUACAUGAAAACAGAAUCAUUCAUAGAGAUCUUAAACCAGAAAAUAUUGUCCUCCAGGAUGAAGCCGGGAAGAUAAUCUACAAGAUCAUAGAUCUGGGAUACGCCAAGGAUUUGGAUCAAGGAAGUUUAUGCACGUCUUUUGUGGGGACCUUACAGUACUUGGCCCCUGAACUCUUUGAUAAUAACCCUUACUCCAUGACUGUGGACUUCUGGAGCCUCGGGACAGUCAUCUUUGAGUGCAUUACGGGGUUCAGGCCCUUUCUGCACAACCAGCAGCCGUUCACCUGGCAUGAGAAAAUCAAGAGGAAAGAGCCCAAGUGCAUUUUUGCGUGGGAAGAGAUGACUGGGGAAGUUAGGUUUAGUGCUUAUUUGCCAACUCCAAACAGCUUGUGCAGUACAAUUGUAGACACAAUGGAGCACUGGCUUCAGAUGAUGCUGACCUGGGACCCCCAGCAAAGGGGAGGCGGAAUAGACCCAAACACAAAUGGCUACAGAUGUUUUCAAGUAAUGGAACAGUUGUUGAGUCUGAAGAUUGUCCACAUCUUAAAUAUGACGUCUGCCAAGAUCCUGUCGUAUUCUCUGAACCCAGAGGAAAGCCUUCAUUCCCUGCAAGUUCGAAUUGAAUCCGACACCGGAAUCAGCUCGGGAAACCAGGAGCUGCUCCUGGAGAUGGGAAGCUGUUUAGACCCCCGGAAACCAGCCUCUCAGUGUGUCAUUGAUGGCGUAAAAGGCUGGGAUAGCUACAUGGUAUAUUUAUUUGAUAAAAGCAAAACUACAUAUGAAGGCCCUUUCGCUUCUAGGACGCUUUCUGACUGUGUAAAUUAUAUUGUAAAAGACAGCAAAAUUCAGCUGCCUGUUUUCCAGCUUCGGAAGAUCUGGGCUGAAGCCGUGCACUACGUCAUUGGCCUGAAGGAAGACUACAGCCGCCUCUUCCAGGGCCAGAGAGCUGCCAUGUUGAGUCUUCUGAGGUACAACACCAAUUUAACCAACAGGAAAAACAACAUGAUCUCAGCAUCACAGCAACUGAAAGCCAAGCUGAAUUUCUUCCAGCAAAGUAUCCACCUCGACUUGGAACGAUACAGCGACCAAAUGACCUAUGGAAUCUCCUCAGAGAAAAUGUUAAAAGCUUGGAAAGACAUGGAAGAAAAAGCUUCCCUGUGCGAAAAGGUGGCAGAUAUCGGCUCCCUGGAUGAGCAGAUCAUGGCGCUGCACACCGAAAUUGUGGAGCUGCAGAGAAGCCUCCACGUGCGACGUCAAAACGAUGUAAUGGAAAAUCUGGAACAGAGAGCCAUUGAACUCUACAAGCAACUGAAAUCAAGGCCUCCAGACCACGUAUACAGUGACAGCACAGAGAUGGUGAGGAUCAUCGUCCAGACAGUCCAGAGUCAAGACUGGGUCCUCAAGGAGCUCUUCAGGCACCUCAGCAAAUUGCUGGGCUGCAAACAGAAGAUCAUUGACUUGCUUCCCAGCAUCGAUGUGGCUCUGAACAGCAUCAAGGAGGCCGACAAUUCAGUCAUGCAAAUGCAGGGGAAAAGGCAGAGAGAAAUCUGGCAUUUGCUGAAAAUAGCUUGCACUCAGAGUUCUGCUCGAUCGGCCAGCUCCAGCGUGGAUGGUCCGGUCCCGUCUUCUGUGCCCGCCUGGCUCUCCCAAACUGCGCCGGCCAAUGUGCUGCAGGCGUUGCCUUUCAUGGAAGUCUCUAGAAACACGUUGAAUUUUGCACAUUUGUUAGAAGAAAACCUAAGCUAUCUUGACAGUUUUAGCGCCGUUAUACACGAAGCGAGACACAACCAAAAUAGCAGCAUGAUGAGUCUCGACUGGAGUUGGCUGGAUUAGAGUGUCUGAUGUUGCACAUCCUUAUUUGCAAAAAUGGGCCUUUUAACUUAAAAUACCUCUUUCCUUUUAAUUAAAGAAGGACCCAGAUCGAAGAUUUUGCAUCUUUAUCCAGUUCUGGAGGUUUUGGACAAGUGGCCCUGCUUUUCCCUCUAAAGCAUCACAGAUAGAACAUCUCCCAUCACAGGAUCUGUAAUGCACUGUAAUUAAAUACCCCUCAAAAGAUCACAUCGUGUUAAGGCAGAAAUCACGAAAGAUGUAAAAUAAAUCAUCUGUUAUGUAUAUAUUAAUAGAAGAGAAUAUAUGUAGCUCAGGGUUGAACUGUGAAGUCUUUGGCACUCUCUGAGUUUGUUUUCUUAACAGACGUUUCGUUACCCAGUUAGGGAAUAGCAUCAAUGAUUCACUUACGAUGCUACCUAGUUGGGCAAACCCCACCAUCUUCUAGCACUGAUGGUGUUACCUAGUUUGGUAAUGAAACAUCUUCAAGCAAAUAACCAAACUCUGAGAGCCCCAUGACUCCAUAUAGUUUAUUACACACCUUGUGAAUUGUUCUCUUUUGUGUGAUCCUUGCGGAAAUUAUUCAUAGUAUAUUUCUAAUGAACAACAUUGGGAGUAUUUUGUAAUAUAUUAAGCAACUUUUUUUGUUUUCACUUUGAAAAUAUCUGACACUUGUCCUCCACCUAAAAACAAUAGCUUACAAAUGUCACAAAUAAAAUAAUCUCAACCAGUAAGAAAUCA